UUGUCUCUUGUCCAAAAGAAAAGUGCAGACACUUGGAAAUACCUUUAUAAAAACGCUGUACAAGGAUAGAUCAGUCUCAGCGAAAGUUAACCUUAAGACGCACGAUCCUGAGAAUGAAGAUUGUUAUUCGUGUGAUAGGCUUGCUCCUGGCCUUUGUGGUUGUAGUCUCAACAUCCACCAAAGAUAAGCGAGAGUCAGCCUGCUAUGGUGAUCUAGGAUGUUUUCAAACCUCGGCAAAUUUUAAAAACCUUCCCCAAGAUCCUAAAGUUGUUCAGACAUCGUAUUUGCUCUAUACUCGCCAGAAUCGUAACUCGGCUACAGUUGUGAAAGCUACAGAUCCACACUCCACAUGGACUAAAAAGAUCGGUUCUUCACAUUUCAGCAGUUCACGCCCAACUAAGUUUAUUGCUCAUGGAUUUAUGGACCAUGGAAAUAAAGGGUGGCUUAUCUCUAUGAAGGAUUCACUUCUCAAUCAGGGUGAUUAUAACAUAUUUUUGAUAGAUUGGGGCCAUGGUUCUCAGUUUCCCUACGAACAGGCUACAGCGAACACUUUCUUGGUGGGAGAGCAGACAGCCCUCUUUAUUAAGAACCUUCAUACAACUAAGCAUGUCAACUAUAAUGAUAUACAUCUUAUUGGACAUAGUCUCGGCGCCCAGUUAUGUGGAAUAGUUGGAAAUAAAGUCAAUAAAAUAGGACGAAUAUCAGGUUUGGAUCCAGCCCAGCCUCUUUUUGACACGUUCCCUAGUUAUCAUUAUCUGGAUAAAACUGAUGCUACCUUUGUUGAUGUCAUACAUACAGAUGGCGCCGAUUUUAGUGGAAUAGCUGGCUAUGGAUGGAUUAAAGCUAGUGGCCAUAUUGAUUUUUAUCCUAAUGGCGGAACAGAUCAACCAGGAUGCAGUGAUAACCCUAUAGGUAGUGCUAUAGAUAUUUUAUUACACGGUACAGAUGUGUCACAAGUAACUCAUGCCGUUUCUUGUAGCCAUGGGCGAGCCCACGAACUUUUCCAGGAAUCCAUCGCCUCCAGUUGUAAAUUCCAGGGCCAGAAGUGUCAUUCGUGGUCUGACUACGAGUCAGGAAAAUGCCAUGGUUGUAGUGGAGGAUGUUCAAAUAUGGGUUUUCAUGCCGACCUUAAACAUGGCGGUGGUUCAUUUUAUCUUAGUACAGCACAGAAAACACCAUAUUGUGGUAGCGAGUUUUAUGUAGAAUUGCAAGUUGGUUCUCAGAUGCCUGAUACAUAUGGUAGAUUCUAUAUAACCGUUACGGGUAGCCAUGGUUCUACUUCUGAACUAGAAUUCAGCAGAGAUAAUCGUCAUUAUCUGAAAAAUCAAAUAGAGAAACACGUCAUAGCUGGUCAUGGUAGCGUAGGAAGCGUAUCCAAGAUUGCCAUUAGAUAUAAACGAGGCUCUGGUCUAGCAGCUCUAGGAACACCAAAUGAUAUCAAAGUGAAGAAUAUCUCUAUCAGAAAUUUAUCAACUAGUCAUUUGCUAAAAUUCUGUGAACACAAUGAAAUAACCCUGAAAGAUGGUGGCAGCCACACAUUUUCUCACACAUGCUAGUUACUAUACCACAUCAACA